AUGUUUGUCAAACCAUGUGUAGCUUUGAUAUUCUUUAUAUUGUGCUCUUCAAUUGAUGGCCGACCGGCAGGCAGUAAGAAAGCCGAUAUUCAACACGUAGUAGAAGUUGCUAAGAGUAAUAACGGUGGCAUAACAUUUAUAGAAGAAAAACCUGCUACUGCUACUGCUGCCGCUGCUACUGUGCCAGUUCAGUUUGAAAACAGAUUUGGUGUCCGAGUGGGUACCUGCCCAAUUGGAUACGUUAAAAGAGGAGUCGUUUGCUACCCGGCU